GGAAGUUGAAUCGCCAAGCUAAGUCACACGCUACCUGGGUCUCAUUUCAAUUCACCUUCCACUCUCACUCAAAAACCAAAUUCCACGUGAUCCUGUCAACUAGCAAAUCACUUCUCCAUCUCUAUCUCUCUCCUUUGCUACACACAAACCUUAUCUCUCUCUCUCUACUCUCUACCCUAAAAUCUCCCACACUCUUAGGAAUUCAAUUCCACGCAACUUCAACAUCCUUACUAUCUGAUCAUCUUCGUUUCCACGGAUCCAGCCGAAUCUUCAGUUCACUAUCUGUUUUUUUCUUCUCUGUAGUGCUGCCAUUUCUGUUUGAGAUGGUGGAGAAAUUGAGGUGAGUGGUGGUGAUUAUAUGUUUGUAUGUAUAGAUGAAGCAGCGGAAGGUGACGCAGCACCAGAAAUCUCACUUCAAAUGGAAGAGAAAGGUGUUUGCGGUGUUGUUGUUAGGGUUUUGUUUUGGGAGCUUGCUUUUGAUGCAAACUCAGUACACUCGAAUUCUGGCACUCUCUUCUCUGCAGUCUCGUUUCGUUCAGAAGCCGAAAAUUGCUUUUCUCUUUAUAGCUCGAAAUCGGCUUCCUCUCGAAAUUGUUUGGGAUGCGUUUCUUAAGGGCGCAGAAUCUAGAUUUUCAAUUUUUGUUCAUUCAAGGCCUGGGUUUCUGCUCAACAAGGCAACAACAAGAUCUGACUACUUUUUGAAUCGCCAAGUUAACAAUAGUAUACAGGUAGACUGGGGAGAAGCAAGCAUGAUUGAGGCUGAGCGCAUAUUGCUUAGACAUGCGCUGGAGGAUCCUCAGAAUGAACGCUUUGUUUUCCUCUCAGACAGUUGCAUACCUCUUUACAACUUCAGCUACAUGUAUGACUACAUCAUGUCAACAUCAACUAGUUUUGUAGACAGCUUUGCUGAUACAAAAGAGGGCCGCUACAACCCAAAAAUGGCUUCAUCCAUUCCUGUUCGUAACUGGAGGAAAGGAUCUCAGUGGGUUGUUCUCACCAGAAAGCAUGCAGAGAUUGUCGUGAAUGACACUACAGUCUUUCCUAUGUUUCAACAGCAUUGCAAGAGGAGAUCGCUACCUGAGUUUUGGCGGGACCAACCCUUUCCAGCUGAUGCAGCCAAGGAGCACAAUUGUAUUCCUGAUGAACAUUAUGUACAGACAUUACUGGCUCAAGAAGGCUUGGAAGGAGAAAUCACACGAAGGUCAUUGACGCAUAGUUCAUGGGAUCUUUCAUCCUCAAAAGACCCCGAGCGCCGUGGAUGGCAUCCUGUUACUUAUAAAUUCUCUGAUGCUACUCCCAAGCUUAUAAAAUAUAUUAAGGGCAUUGACAAUAUUUAUUACGAGACUGAAUAUCGGAGAGAGUGGUGCACCAGCAAAGGGAAACCAUCCACAUGCUUCCUUUUUGCAAGAAAAUUCACCCGUCUUGCUGCCCUUCGCCUUCUUAAUAUGUCUCUGCUGGGAGCUUCCCGUAAGGCACAAACAAGGCAUGAUUCUUAACAAUGCUGAAGUGGAUUUCUUCUGUAGGUACGAUGUUAGAUAUGAAUAGUUGGCCUUAGCCUAUAUGGAUAAAGGUAAUGCGAUAUGGGGUGAAGGUUAAUGAAGAGAGCUGUAAAUUAGAGUGGAAAUGAAAAAGAAAUAUCGGAAAAGAAAAAUAAAUUUUAAAUAUAGUGUAUUCUUUUUCUUUUUUCUUUUUUUUCUCAUUUGUUCAGUCACAGAAUAAGAAAAAGGGAAAUAUCAUUGUGUUUGAUAUGGCAUAUGCUGUAUUCUAAAUUGCUAUAUUUUCACUUUGGUGCAAAAACAAGGGGGUUGUGAUGA